CUCUUCAUUUUCCCUCUGUCUUAAUCUAAAUUCCAAUUUUCAAUUUUUCAUCCAUGGCGCCUCCAUCCAAAACCGCAGCAGCCGGCAAACGGGCAAAAUCUCCGGCGACUAAAAGUGCCGCUGCUGUCAAAGCCAGAAAAGCUCCUGCUGCGAAGAAAGUCCGAUCUUAUCCUACUUACUUUGAGAUGAUUAAGGAGGCGAUUAUUGCGUUGAAGGAGAGAACCGGGUCGAGUCCGUAUGCAAUUGCGAAGUUUAUUGAAGAGAAGCAGAAGGAUUUGCCGCCGAAUUUCAAGAAGCUUUUGUCGGUUCAGUUGAAAAAGCUUUUGGCGUCGGGAAAACUGAUUAAGGUGAAGAAUUCGUUCAAGCUCGCUGCUCCUGUGAAGCCUACUACUGCUGCUGCUGCCGGGGAGAAGAAGCCGAAGAAGGCUGUUGCUCCAAAGAAAGAGGCGGCGGGUACCAAGAGGAAGAGAACUGCUAAUGUGGAGAAGAAGAAGCCGAAGGUGGUUGCUGCAGUGUCAGCGAAAGUCAAGAAAACUCCCGUCAAGAAAGCCCCGGUGAAGAAGGCGGUGAAGAAAACGCCGGUGAAGAAGCCUAAGAGCCUCAAGUCGCCGGCGAAGAAGCUUAAGAAAUGAGUUGUGUGAGUUGGGGUCUGGAGGGAUUAAGGAGUAAAUGUGUAAAUUCAUAGAUGGUUGGGGGUUUGGGAGGAAUUUCGUUGUUACUAUUUCUUAUUUUAGCCUUCUGUUUUAAGUAGCAUUUAGGUUGUGGUUGGACUUCUUAGUAGGUUAUGCAAUCAAGGGCAGUUUGACUCAGAAAUUAUAGUACUAAUCCAUAAUUAUCAGUUCAUCUUGUGUUUUGGUUGAA